CUUCACUCUCUACUGAGCCUAGAGAGAAAACUGAACAUUCCAUAAACGUAUCUGUUUAUAUAUGUAAAUAUAUAGGUUUGUGAAUGAUAGUAGCCAUCUCUAGAGUGGAGCGGAGAAGGAAAGAACAAAAACAAAGAACUGUUAGGUUUUUUUUUUUUUUUUUUUUUUUUUUUAAUAGCUCAUCGUUGUUUUUCGUGCCGGACCACCGAUUCUACCCCGUCAUGGCCGACAAGAUAGACAUGUCCUUGGACGACAUCAUUAAACUCAACAGGAGCCAGCGUAGCGGAUGCGGCGGGUACCGGGACCGAGACCGAGGUCGGGCUGGAGCCCAGGGCGGCCGCGACGGUGGAGACGCGCAGGAGGCAGCCCGCGUAAGCAGAGGCGGGGGCCCCAUCCGGAACAGACGGACCAUGGCCCGCGGAGGCGCCCGGGGCCGCGGCAGGAACCGACCCGCGCCCUACAGCCGACCCAAGAGGCUUCCACCCAAGAGUCAGCCCGACGCGUUCCCCAGUGACUUUGGAGGCGGGCCCGCAGCUGAGACCGGGACCAAGUUGCUGAUCUCCAAUUUGGAUUGCGGGGUCUCGGAUGCCGAUAUUCAGCAACUCUUUGCUGCAUUUGGAACUCUGAAGAAGGCAGCUGUGCAUUAUGAUCGGUCCGGCGGAAGCUUAGGAACAGCAGAUGUUCACUUUGAGCGAAAAGCCGAUGCUCUGAAGGCCAUGAAACACUAUGAUGGUGUCACCAUGAACGUCCAGCUUGUUCUAGCACAGACUCGGAAACAACGAAGAGGCGCUCGGAGGGUAAAUAGAGGUGGAAUGACCGGAACCCGUGGCUCUGGAGGCGGCACCCGGAGAGGCGGCCCUGGACGCAAGCGAGGACCACAAGCAGGAGCUGGAAGAAAUUCCAAACAACAGCUUUCCAGAGAAGAACUAGAUGCCCAACUGGAUGCUUAUAAAGCCAUGAUUGAAUUCGAGUUAAACUAGCCAGCAUAUUCCCUGCAUGGAACAGGACUCACGAUUCUGCUUCUUUCCCCUUUUUGCUGGAAGAGGACUGUGGCUCCGAUAUGCUUUCCGAUAGCUUUGACUAUGUAGGAGGCCCGAGGAAAAGAGCUGUUCUCCUCUUUCCCUUACUUGUUGGUCUGGGAAUAACGGGAGCUGGAGGCUCAGCAGGACUAGGACUGGCUGUCCAUUCCUACACUAGACUUUCAAACCAACUGACUGACAAUGUUCAGGCCCUCUCCAGUGCUAUCAAUGACCUCCAGGAUCAGAUCGAUAGUUUAGUUGAAGUGGUCUUGAAAAUAGACCAGACCUGGACUUCCUCAAAGCCAAGCUAGGAGGGAUAUGCUUAGCCCUCCAGGAACGCUUUUGCUUCUGUGCAAACAAAUCUGGUAUUAGAAGGGACAAAACUAGGAGACUCCAGGAAGAUUGGAUUAAGGGGCGCCAAGAACUGUCUGAUAACCCUCUUUGCAGUGGGCUCCAUGGGAUCCUCCCUUCUCUUCUUUGAUUCCCUGGGCCCUUAAUUGGCUUUCUUUUCCUUUGGUCUUUUGGACCCUGGGCCUUCUGGAAAGUUACAUCCUUUGUCAAAUCCCGAAUAGAUAGUGCACUGGCAAAACCCAUCGACAUACACUCUCACCGCCUUGAGACUGGUGAUGACCCUCUUGAUACUCAUAUGAGCAACCAAAAUUUCUGAAAAACAUCGAGACCUGGUUAGCCAAUGACGGGUAAGAUUCCUCAAGGAUUAGCCAACCUAAGCCAGGAAGAGCUGUUUUUGUACAUCCUUCCUAUGACGGGUAAGGCUUCUCCCCAUAGGGACAACCUAAGCCAGGCACAGGUCGGGAAAUGAAAACUUCUAUACUGGAUGCUCUUUAUCAAUACAAAAAGAGGGAUCUGUGGGGGCCAACACUAAUCUACGGGUGAAGGCCACAUUCCUAAGAAUACUUUCACCUUGGAGAGGCAGACAUCUAGGCGCCUUCUAAUCCCUUCCUGGAGCUUCCUACUCACCAAAGACCCCUAGCCAACUUGUCCUUUGGCGGCCAGGAAACUAACCCUUUGUCCAGGGCCCCCUCUGCACUGAGUUUGCCCGACCCCUACCUCCUUUCUUCUUGCUAGAAAUACUCGUACUUUUGCCCACAAUAAACGAGAAUUGAUCAAAAAGCCUGUCUUGUCUUCAUUUUAUGGGUUUCU